CUCGAAUAGUCCGGCACAUAUACUCCGAUUUCCAUGGUGUUGUUAUUUCUUCCAUGAUAUAAACCUUGUCACUCUAUAAUACGACUGCCACUAUUUAAUUAUCAGCCAUCUGGAUUACGAGGCCUCUAAUCAAACCAACAACCCAUAUUUGCGAGAAUGAUGACGCAGCGUCCGGCAGUUUACGUAUGGCCUGAAGUAAUAGCUCCGGAUAUGUCCCCUAAAAUCAUUGUAGCUCCUCACCAGCCUCAAACAAGCGAAGACGAUUUCGAAAUGCCUAAUUUUGGAGCGACCUUCUAUCCUGGUGGUUCCGACGACUACUAUAUGCCCGAAGUAGUGGCACCAUCACCACAAAGGGUCAUACCAGAAAUUCCCGAAAACAUGCAGCAAGGUCUUCAGCGCAUGGAAUUAGAGGCUCGCUCUGUCGAACCGCGAAACGCAGCAUCGCAGCCCGGCUCUGGUCCACAACACGCUCGCGAGCCUUCUCUUUCCACCGUAUUAAACACCAGAGUCGGUAGUUUUGGGCAGCAAUACCAGCAAGGCCGGAACCCCGCCACCGAAUACAGUCCCGCAUCCAAUUACAGCCCAUCCAACUAUAGCCCUUUCCAGGAGACACAGGAUCGCAAUCCUCAAUUCGAGAGGAAUCUCCAAGAUAUGCGCGAAUUACCAUCCUUCUCCCCAUUUCCUAAAGUCCAGGGGGAACACAUACCUCCCAGCGACGAGGAGAAGGAAGCCGUCUUAGCCGAGAGCCGGCAACAUGUCCUCCACUCGAAUGACCCCGAUAUGCAAAUUUGCUGGGCUCGCGAUGUCUUGUCAUUCGUAGAAAUAGCCGCCGAGGCUGCGAUCCGGGAAGAGGAAGCUACGCGCGGUCUCAACGAACAAGGAUUACCCAUCCGGACAGCGACGCCUAAGAUCGAGCAUGAACUGCGAAUUGACGCCAUUAAUAUUGUUACCUAUCUCGCAGAUCAGGGUCAUCCCGAGGCUUUAUUCAUCAGGGGAAAGUGGUUAGAAUUCGGCAAGUUUGGCAUGCGGCAGGAUAAGAAAGAGGCAUACACCUGUUAUUCGACUGCCGCACAGGCUGGUUGGGGUCGCGCCGAUUAUCGAAUCGGUAUGCUUUACGAAAACUCGAAUGAUAUGGAAAAAGCUAUGAGGCAUUACCAAAUGGGGUUGGAUGCGAAAGACUCGGCGGCUAUGUACCGACUGGGUAUGAUCAGCCUCCUAGGUCAGCGGGGUCAACCAAAGGAUAUGGCGAGAGGGUUGGAUCUAAUACAUUCUGCUGCCGAUACGGCUGACGAAGAUGCGCCCCAGGGUGCCUUCGUCUAUGGUAUGCUCAUCGCAAGGGACCUUCCUGACGUCGCCGUCCCCGAUAAGGUCUUGACAUAUGAUGUUGGCGUUGCUCGGCAGUACAUUGAGAAGGCAGCGUAUCUUGGCUUUGCUAAGGCCCAGUUAAAGAUGGGACAGGCGUAUGAGCUAUGCCAGCUCGGUUGUGAUUUCAAUCCGGCCCUAUCACUGCAUUAUUAUGGCCUAGCGGCUAGGCAAGGCCAGCCAGAGGCGUCCCUGGGAGUCAGCAGAUGGUUUUUGUUCGGCUACGAAGGGACCUUCGCAAAGAACGAGAGCCUCGCGUUCAAGUAUGCUCAGUUAGCCGCCAAGGCGAAGCUACCAACUGGAGAGUUUGCCAUAGGUUACUACUACGAGAUCGGAAUAUCGGUUGAGAAAGAUCUGCGAGAAGCCCGGAGGUGGUACGAGCUAGCGGCGGAACACGGUAACAAAGAUGCUGUAGAGCGAUUGGAGAAUCUAUCGCAAUCCAAGACGUUGUCGAAGAAGGACCACGAGACGACGGCCUUAGCGAGGAUUAAGUCGAAACACGGUUCUCAGAGGGGUCAGAGACCGGACCGAUUUAAGCAAAUGAACAAUCCGAUGCCGGCUUUAUCCGAAGAUCAAAAAUCGCCUAGGAUGUCACCACAGCAAUCCCCUAGACUAGGAAAUUUCGACCAUACCGAUAUGCCUGAUCCAUCUCGAGUUAAUACAGGCGGUAAUCGGCCACCGGCCUUUACCGUUAACGUUUCGGGAAAAGCAGCGGUACCAUACCCUGAGGAUGAUAGGCCGGCAAAUCUAGCCUUACGACCGAAGUCUGCUGUGCCUUACCCCGAAGAUGAUAUGGCGGGCAUGAAGCCGCAGCUAUCGCCUUACUUUAACCCUGGUAUCCGGCCGUCAGGAGGCCCGGUUGCGGAUCGUCCGGGAAGCUCUUUUGGAAUCCGCACGCCGCAAUCUCCUGGUGCGCCCGGUAUACGUCCUUCCCAUUCUGCCGGGCAGCUUCCUAUUCCCCCAGCCGGUAUGGAUCCAAACCGUGGCCGCCCAGUCUCCGCCGGUUGGCAACCACAAGUUCAAGGCGAUUACAGACAGCCCAGUCCUGGUCCUCGAGGUCAAGGACGCCCCGUCACGGGACAAUUCGAUCAACGACCCCCCCCUGGAGCAUAUGACCAACGACUUGCCCAGUCUAGCGCGCACAAUAGACUCACGAAACAAGGUCCGCCGCCUGGACAGUUCCCAGCGGCUGGGUACGGUUCUAGAGAGUCAUCUUUACCACCGUCGCAUGCACCUGGUCCCCGGAUGUCCGCAAGCCCUUAUGAGGGUGGUGGUCGUGGCAUGCCUUCUCCGACCAUGAGCGGUGGUCUCGGUGGACCUCAUCCAAACUCAUUCCCACAAGGGGGUCUACCCCAAGGAGGCCCCGGCGGUGCAAGAAUAGCAAGUGCUGGUAGACCUGGCAUGCCUUUGAAAGAACGACCUAGCCAAUUAGACAACGUUGGUCGUUCAAGUGCACCGCCUCAACCGGGUAGACCUGCGAUGUCAAGCCCGCCACCAGCCAGUACACCCACGUCAGCAACAUCUGCACCAGCUUCAAAACCUCCACCCAAGACUGGCCAAGGUCCCGCCACCUUUGAGGCUAUGGGUAUCCCCCAAGGAAAGCAAGACAACGAUUGCGUAAGUCUUUUCUCACAUUUUACCAUGCGCCCUACUCUGACGGUUCAUGUGCUAAUUCUCUGGACUCUAGGUUGUCAUGUAACGGGUCAAACACAUCUUGGCAUAGAUUGGACACGGAUUUCUCAGUUAUUAUCAUGAUACCACUUUUGUUAUACGCCCACGAAUCGAACGAAAUCUUCUUUUCUCAUGUCCCUAAAGGACAAUAUGACGAACGUCGUGGCUGGGCUAGGCUCAUCUGC